CCCUGAACUUGAGUAUGCACUCACUUGAGAAAGUUAAGUUCCCGCUGUUUCCCUACAACUCCACAAGUUCGCUGACGAACAGAGACAAUUCAUUCAGUCACGCGGGUGUUUCUGAUUGAAGUCUUCAAAUCUCUAUUCGUCGGGAGACCAUUUUGAGCAAAAGAGAAACUCCAGCCCGCGAAAUAAACAGCGGCGGUAUUUUAUUUUUUUCUGGCCUUUUCGUUGUGAUCCCACUGAAUCAAGAAACAGCAACCUUACAAACACUAGGCACACAGUUUUGCUGAGUGACCAUAGAACACAAUAUUUUAAUAUUUUUUAAAACGUUAUUGAUGAUCGAUAAUUAUACAAACUUUGUCGUCUUGGAAAUAUUGUAACAUUUUGUCAAUUUAAAUUUCAUUCUCAACCAUUAUUUUUUGCCAUCUUUUAUUUUGUAAAUCUUCUUUGAAGGCGGUCUUCUCAAAUAUCUGUGAUCCAAAGGGAAUUAUUUUAUAACUUAAGUAGAUCUUCGAAACUGAUCCAGGACGUUCAAUUUCGCAAAAAAAGACGCAUUUAUAUUAAACUUCAACGACUGAGGAGGUCAAAACGCAUCCAAGCCGACAACACCUUUAGCGGUGUGAUACAGUACAGGUCCUCUCGCCUCUCUGCCAUGCCCCUAUAACAGACCGGCCGAUGAAAAAGGCGGAUCGCCCAGCGCUGAUUCGCAGUUCGGCUCCGGGGGAGUGUCUAUUCAACUUAGCGGUGCAGAAACGGAGAAGCGUCCCCGUCAUCUAUCACAUCAGUGAUUAAGAGCGCAGUAGGCAGACCUUGAACGAUGCAUUCAGCUGCUCUUCGGCUUCUCAGUGGACUCGUUCCGCUCCCAGCGGGACAGUCCUUCAGAGGGUGAGGGAGACACCGGUGGGCUGCCUUCACAAGGCUGAACUCGAGAAUAGGUAAGACGUGGGCUGAAUAUCUGUCAAAACACAAAAAGAACAGGCAUGAUCGCCGUCCUUCUGGGUGCGCUGUGGCUCGCAGCACUGGCAGCCGCUCAGAAUGACACUGAGCCCAUUAUGCUGGAGGGGAAAUGCCUGGUGGUGUGCGACUCCAACCCGACCUCGGAUGUGACUGGGACGUCCCUUGGAAUAUCGGUCCGCUCUGGAGGUGCAAAAGUGGCUUUCUCUGCCGUGAGGAACACCAACCACGAACCGUCGGAGAUGAGUAACCGGACCAUGGUCAUCUACUUCGACCAGAUUCUGGUGAAUGUGGGCAAAAAUUUCGACGAAGAAAAGAGCAAUUUCAUCGCUCCACGCAAGGGGAUAUACAGCUUUAAUUUCCACGUAGUGAAAGUGUACAACCGACAGACCAUACAGGUGAGUUUGAUGCACAAUGGCUGGCCAGUUAUCUCUGCUUUCGCGGGCGAUCAGGAUGUGACCCGUGAGGCCGCCAGCAAUGGUGUGUUGAUCGCCAUGGAGAAGGGAGACAGCGCGUACCUCAAGCUGGAGCGCGGAAACCUGAUGGGCGGAUGGAAGUACUCUACCUUCUCUGGCUUCCUGGUCUUUCCCAUGUAGGCCAAGCCUGUGUAGCGGAAGAGCACAGCUAUUUGGUUUUCUAAUGUGUGUAAUCGUGGACUGGUGAACCUGUUCUCUGGUCACUGUCUCCUAACACUGGAGACAGAUGAGAGCCCAGGCCCGUUCAUACAAGUGUGUGUCUGUCCUAGAGAGUGUCCCUGUGGUCAAUCGCGCAGCACCAGACCAGUGGGGCACAUCCCCAGCAGUGUAUAGGUAUCCUAUGCAUCCUGACAUUUCAGGGAGCAGCCAUGAAAUUCUUGUAAGGAAUUAAACAUUUUUCGCUGUGUUUCUUGUUUGCUGGCAGGAAGCUGAAUUGGUGUAUUUAUAGAGUGGUGACCUUUUGCUAAGAGGCCUGUGAUCAAAUCCAGCUGGUUAAGCCUGUGUGCCUCUUUCCUUCUGUUUAUGUACCAUGUGUUCAAUAAGCUGAAAAAUCCAGAAAAAAAUGCUAUGGAACAUUAUUAUUUUCCUAUAAAAUAGGUGUGAAUAAUUAAAUUAGAUUUCAUUAAUUUUAUUUGCCCUAAUCCAAUAAAAUUGAAAAGGGAUUUUUGUGAAACACCAUGCGGAUGAUGACAUGUCUGUAGCAAUGCUAUGUAGUCCUGUGUGUGUGUCUAUCCCUGUCACUGAACACACUCUGUGGCAGCACAAUGUGUUUCUAUCAAAGUCCAUGAUUUCAAGAGUACUUUGUUAGUGGCCUGUAUCAGUGUGUGUUCAUGUUAUACCCCUGCUGGGGCAUGGAUACCCUGGCAGAUUCGGGUUGGGGCUGGAGGUAGCACUUGAUAGGGGCUUUUGAAUACGUAAGAUCUUUCGAUAAUCACAUACAGGAGAUCACACCUUCCUGGUGUUCCUGUCCCUUGAUCUUUGAAGCAAAUUCUUGAUGCCACAUAGGAGUUCUGUCCAGGACUCAUUUUCAUCAUCUCUGUAAGGGACAGUUUGGUCCUCGAAGUGAAAUCUGACCUUGGUGUCUCAGGGAGGAGAGGAGCUCGAAGCUCAUCUCCACUCCUCAGGGCAGUAAUCAGUCCGGGGUGAAGGAGUGGACAGAUGGUGGCUCAAGGUGGGCUGUGGAGAAGGAUUUUCCGAAAGUGUUAAGCACUCACCCUCUCUGCUGGAGGAAUAGCUGGGAGAUUUGUAGCUGCUUAUUGUUAAUCAGAAAUGCUCCAGUGAAUUUUCUGCCAUAAUUCUGUUAAUGUUCUUCUUUGAACGAGGUAAUUUUGGCCAAAACAGCUGCCCACUCUAUUAGACUUUUCCUAGCCUUCAAUUUCUGACCUCUUAAUGUUUUAAUCCAGUGCUCACCAACUGCUCGACAGGUUGCUCGCCAAGACAUUUCUUCCAAGCCCCCCUCGAUCAACAAAAGCAAAAAAAACGACCUCCCUCCCAUGGUGAGCAAAAUAUACCAUCACAAUCUGGUUGCUCGCUACAAUAUAAAAAUCUUUAUUCAGGGGAAGAAAGUCCAAGUCCAGAAAGUAUAAAUCCAGACUAAGAUUUUGUUUCAACCAACCGGUUGAGUACUCUGUGACCGUGACUCUUUAUACUCAACUGAUUGGUUGAAACAAAAUCUUGGUCUGGAUUUGUCCUUUCUGGACUGGAACGUUCCAGCUCUACCUUUAUCUUUGUAAAAGUAGCUUUUACUGUAAAAAAAGGUAGGAGACCACUGCGCUAGUCAGUAGCCUGGUACGUGUGUUGACCAGGCUGGAGCUAACAGUGUUGUCGAACCUACUCUUAGAAGCUGUGGUGUAGGGUGUAGAAGCUGUAGGGUUACACUUGAAGGGUGUGGUGAGUCUCUAACCAGUGAGUUGUCUGUUAAAUUUUUCACGAAACCUAGUUGAAUACCGACUCACUCAAUGUGGUUGACAUUUUCAUUUUGUCAGGUUCCUGGUCUCAUACAAAAUACCUGUGAGCUUGACAUCUAUAAAUAACUGUGGUGAUUUGCUGAGAUAAGACAGGUGGAGCAGUGAUCCUUCCUGAGAACAGGUGCAUUCGCUGAACAGAAGCCCGGGCCCUGCAGAGUUUGGACACACACAGGCAGAACCCCCGAACCUGUGGAAAAGAGGACAUAUGGCAUCCCCACAGGACAUGUCCUUCCUCUCUCUCUGCUGAUUGAUUACCAGCUCAACCCACUCCACAAAACUAGCAGCCACCUUUCUCCCCAUAUUAAAAAAAAAUGCAUGGUUCAUAUAUGGUUCAUAUAGGGCUAGCAAGCAUUUUUCUUAUUUCGAUUAUAUAUGACAGUGCAUGAUUUUUUUAUAUGUUCACUACAAGUCAGUGUUUUUGCUUGUAUGAUUGUGGCCACAUUUAUACCAAAAAACACAUUUGACAUGUAAGGCACCGAAGGUAAAAGCCUAUAGAAGAAACAUUUUUUGCUUUUACAUGAACUUUACAUUUUACCAUGUGAUAAUAUAUGGUUUUAGUAGGAAGUACAUGUUUAUUGUUUGCUAUUUCUAAAUAAAAAUUAUAUUGCUUUUUAUGAUGAUCUAUCUGCAUUCAGUUGGUUUAAUUAGACAUGAGAAAAUUCACGUUAUGUUCUCAGAACACAAAGUGAAUGCAGCAACUGAAAAACGAUGUUUCCUUUCCAAAAUACUCAUUCUUCUUGUGGAACCAUGGUCCAUGAUUCAGUUGAGUUCAUUCAAAUAAUUAUGCAUAAAAACUAAUAUUGACAAAACAUUCAUAUAAUAUGCAUUGUAUAUAAAUGUAGAACUUACAUGUUUGACAAAACAUUAAUAUGUAUUUUACAUCAAUAAAGGACAUAUAUGACUAAUGACACAUACAUUUAAUUAAUAUGAAUUGUGCAUUAAUGUCAGACUUAUAUGUUGGACGGUACAUUAAUUCCAUAUGUAUUUUACAUCAAUAAAGAAUAUGUAUGUCUGAUGACACAUUAACUUAA